AUGUAUUCUUACCCGAAAACUACCCAAAAGCCACUUGCUAGACGAUUCAAAAGCGAUGAGACAGUAGGAGACGCAAACGGAAAAGGAGGACACGAUGCGGCAGAUACUGCUGUUGUUGCAAAGACUUCGAUCAGUGACGAUGACGGAUUAGAAGUAACGAUAACAAAAGCGAUAGACGAUGCGGAAUGUGAUAUAAAAUCUGCCGGUGGAGAUGUUGUUGAUCAGUAUUACAAAUUAACAGAUGAGAAAGGUGUAGAGAUUGGAAGUAAUUUUGGAAAGAAACCGUAUACAUUCACAUUGGGAAGAAAUCAAGUAAUACCUGGAAUGGAUCGAGCAAUGAGAGGAAUGUGUAUCGGAGAAAUUCGAAAAGUUGUCAUUCCACCCAAGCUUGGAUUCGCCAAAGAUGCGAGUGGUCAGCCACUCUAUUACACUGUUCAACUGGUGAACCUGUUCCGUGCGAAUCCAGGCGAGAGAUGGGUCACUGAGGAAGGAAUUCAAAUUGAACAGACACACAAGAUUGAAGCAGAGAAGUGUAAAAAAGCAGAGCAAGGAGAUAAGAUUUAUCAGCAAUACGUUCUGAGAUUAGAAGAUAACACACUCGUGGAUUCAUCGUAUUCCAGAAAUGCUCCGUUUGUUUUCAGAUUGAGAAACCGGGAAGUUAUCGACGGAAUGGACAUUGCUAUGGAUGGAAUGUGUGAAGGAGAACGUCGCCGUGUUGUUAUUCCAUCAGAAUACGGAUACGGUGCUCAAGGAUCUCCACCCGAAAUUCCAGGAGGAGCUCGACUUUUUUUCGAAAUUGUUCUAGAGAAACUGGUAAAAAGAGAUGAACUUUAA